AUGCAAGAUUGCUACAUUGAUGCACGCAGGAUAUCUUCCAAAUCGCUAAAGCGUCUCUGCAUUACCGACUUUUGUUCCUUCCCUACGAAGUUUCACAUUCGGAUAUUUGCUCCGGGUCUUAUCUCACUGCAACUUGAUAAUUUUGAUGGCUUGACCCCUUCCCUUGAAUACAUGCCAUCUCUAGAAACAGCUUAUGUUUGGCUUCACAAUAGUUGCUAUGAUUCUUGUCAUAGUAACCGACAGAACUGUGAGUAUGAGGACUGUAGCUGUCAUGCUUAUCCAGUUGAUGAAGGUGUGCUUCUCCAUGGUUUGUCCAAUGCUGUGAAUUUGGAGUUGGUAGGCGAUGCUUAUUUCGAACUGUUUAUCUAUAGAUGGGAUUUAGAAUGCUGCCCUAUAUUUGACAAACUAAAGACUCUAUCACUCAAUGAGUGGUUUACGACUAUUGACCUACUGUGCAUUCUCCAACACUCUCCAGUUCUUGAGGUGCUCACUCUUCAGCUUGGUAGCACUGAGAAAUUCGUUAGAGCAACAGGAGCAGAAGAAAAGAUAGAGCAAUCAUUUGUAUGCUCGCACCUUAAGGUUGUCAACAUUGAAUGUAGAAAGGUCGAUGAGGGAGUUCACAAAAUUCUGAAGUUCUUGAGUACAUGUGGCAUACUUCGUGAUCAAAUUAGCAUCACUCAUACCGUUUCGGUUUCCAGAAGCCUAUGGGUCCCUUGCCUCGCUUGA